CCCAUCGAACGACGUACUUAGCAAAGCGGAAAGGAUGUGCGCGAGACAACCCCUCCUCGCCGCUUUGUCUGGGCAGACAAAAGUCUUGGGUACGUUGAUCAACCCGUCAUAACCAUCGUCUGGGGAAGGAAGAGAGGAGGCGGCGUCAUUCUCUGGGCAUCUACCGGGGGGUAAGUGGUUGCGCGUUGCUGCUUGGACUGGGCGCGUGAUACCCCAUACGUUCUUCAUAAUGGGCAUGGAUGGGCUGUGUGGCCUUGUUGCCGAGCCGCCGAGAUGUGUGGCUUUUUUUCGCCGUUGCUGUUGGUGCUGUGCCACCUUCUUAUGGACUGGUAAGAUCAGGGUAGAGAGGUCGAGGUGUGUGUGGCUACAGUAUAUAUAUCUGGACCCCGCUGUCUUGGUACGAGUGUUCUUUCAUCAACAUGGCUUCAAACGUGGCAAAACCACACUUCUUGGAAGUUCCCUCAUUGACAUCUACUCAGAGAACCCCACAACUUCUGUUCCCAUUCCUAACCCUCAACGUUCGUCCGAUGACGACAACCUCAAGGACAUCGCCGGCAACGACAACAUGCGUCUCUCACAGUCCCCCGAGGACACUGCCGAUCGCCGCGAGUCCCGCGAAUGGGACGCGUCCAAAGUUCCUCCCUCACAGUUCCAGCGCCGAAAGGGUAGCAUCUAUUCGACCCCCGGGUCAAGGGAUGGGCAUGUGAAAGGUAGUGACAGGGACCAGGCUUACUGGCAGAAGCUCAAGGAAAAGGUAUGCCCCUCUCCUGUCGUACUUGUACGGGUGCGUUAA